AUGAAGCGUGCUUUACUGUCUUGUCAUAGACCGAUCACAUUGGCAAGAUAUUCAAGCAUCACGAAGAAAACACCUUCAGAAGUUACCACAAAGAACGCAGAAUUUGAUGAGGUUACGCACACUGGGCAGGCUUGGGAUCAAGCCGAUUACCGAUUGCAAAGAUUCGACAUCUCGAAAAAACAAAUCAAUCCCAACAUCGCCAUGCACCUCGUUGCACAAAGUCCACCGAAAGACUGUGGUGAUAAACGCGUUGUCUACUGUGAUGGCGGACAUGCCGCCUUGGGACAUCCUCGCGUUUUCAUAAAUCUCGUUGGUCUUUUCUGUAUUCUCAUAUAUCAUCGCUUUUAUUAA